UUUCUCAGAGAAAUGGCUUCCAUAUCCAUCAACUGUUUCUUCACUCCUCAAGCUCUAGCUCGACCCACCAGGACGAAGAAGAUCUUCGCUAAACCUAGCAACGUCUCGGGAAAAACCCGGAACCCUAGAAAAACGAAUCUCCACCGCGAAGCAGAGCUUAAAUCUCGAGGCGGUGAUAAACCCCAGCCGGUUUCCGACGCCGGCGGUGAAGCCACUACUUAUACGCGUCUUCCUCCCAGGGAAGAUUUCUCCGAUGUCUCUCUCCUGUCUUCCUCUUAUCUGAAUUUCUCCGAAGAAGUGAAGCUAUCUGAGUCAAAUGUCGCAGGGGUCGAGGAAAAUGUUGACACUUUGGGUGAAAAUGAUGAAGAAGAUAAAGAAAAAGAGGCGAAGAGCGAUGAUGACGAAGAUAUCUGGGGAAAUUACAGAGUAUUAGAUGUAUUUGAAGGGAAUUCUGGAUUAAUUGAUGAAGAUGAUGAUGAUUACGAAGACGACGAAGUGUUCGAGUAUGGUGAUGAAACGGAUGUGGAGAAAUCUGGAGUGAAAGAUGGAGAAGCUAUAUGUUUCUCGGGUGAAGAGGAAGAGGAAGAAGAACAAGAGGAUGAGAUUGGGGUGAAGGAGAAAGGGGUCCCUGCGGUGAUGCGGUGUUUCGAUAGAGCCAAGAUAUACGUGAAAGCCGGAGACGGAGGGAACGGCGUUGUGGCGUUUAGGCGGGAAAAGUUCGUUCCUUUUGGAGGACCAUCGGGUGGAGACGGAGGGAGAGGAGGGAAUGUGUAUGUUGAGGUUGAUGGGUCGAUGAAUUCGUUGUUGCCGUUUCGAAAGAGCGUGCAUUUCAGGGCGGGGCGUGGAGAACAUGGGAGAGGGAAGAUGCAGAGUGGUGCUAAAGGAGUUGAUGUGGUGGUGAAAGUAGCUCCUGGGACGGUGGUGAGACAAGCCAGAGAGGUUGGGAGUGAGGCGGUGGAUGAUGGGGAGGAGGAGAAGGAGGUGCUUUUGGAGUUGUUGCAUCCGGGGCAGAGGGCGUUGGUGUUGCCUGGUGGGAGAGGUGGUAGAGGGAAUGCUUCGUUUAAGUCUGGGAUGAAUAAAGUUCCUCGGAUUGCUGAAAAUGGUGAAGAAGGUCCUGAAAUGUGGCUGGAUUUGGAACUGAAGCUGGUUGCAGACGUGGGGAUCGUGGGUGCUCCAAAUGCAGGAAAAAGCACGUUGUUGAGCGUGAUAAGUGCCGCGCAGCCAACCAUUGCAAAUUACCCAUUCACCACAUUACUUCCCAAUCUAGGCGUGGUUUCAUUCGAUUACGAUUCAACAAUGGUGGUCGCAGAUCUUCCUGGUUUGCUCGAAGGAGCUCACAGAGGCUUCGGUUUAGGCCAUGAGUUUCUAAGGCACACUGAGAGAUGUUCAGCACUGGUACAUGUCGUAGAUGGUUCAGCUCCGCAACCUGAACUUGAAUUUGAAGCUGUUCGUCUCGAACUCGAACUAUUCAGUCCUGAAAUCGCUGAGAAGCCUUACGUAGUGGCAUACAACAAAAUGGACCUCCCAGAUGCUUAUGAGAAAUGGCCAAUGUUUAGGGAAACUCUUCGUGCCCGCGGGAUUGAACCUUUUUGUAUGAGCGCAGUACAGAGAGACGGCACACAUGAAGUAAUCUCUUCCGUUUAUGAACUCCUGAAGAAGUACAGAGAAGCCAACGCAGAAGCCAAAGGGUUGUACGAUCAAGCGAAUGAGAAUCUGGACCAUGUAGCUAAGAAGAUAGAUAAGGAGCGAAGAGCAGCCAUUAAUGAGUUUAAGAUCUUCCGUGAUAGCGGUACAAGGGCUUGGCAUGUAGUUGGAGCCGGGCUUCAACGGUUUGUGCAGAUGACUAACUGGCGGUACAUGGAUUCAGACAAAAGGUUUCAGCACGUGCUUGAUGCUUGUGGUGUGAACAAAUCGCUGAAGAAUAUGGGCGUUAAAGAAGGCGAUACCGUGAUCGUGGGAGAGAUGGAAUUGGUGUGGCAUGACUCAGCCAAUGGCUCGAGCCGUCCUACAGAGUCGAACAAGACUUCGACAGACUCAGUCAGAUGGCCUCAAUGGAAAUGAUUAUGAACCAUCUGAUAACUUUUUUUGUGGAGCACAAUAUUUCUUGAACCGAACCGAGAAGAGAAUUCGGAUUACUUUUCUGGUCACUGGAUUGAACCGGUACCAGAUAAUUGAAUCCAUUUUUAAUGUAUACGCUAUACUGUAUUAGUGAAGAUAAAGUAUGAUAUGUGUAUUUUAAAAACUAAAAUAAAUAAAAUA